CAUACAAUGGAACCCCAUAAUAAUAAGCCUAUUUGUUAAUUUAUGUCUACAUACUUUAUAGAUAUUCUUUUAUUUGUUAACUGACAUAUUUAUUUAUUUCUGUAUUCGUUUUUAGACCACAGCUGUGCUUGCUUGCUGGCUGGCAGGUCAAGUGGACACCUAAGCAUGCAUACUUAGCUAGCCAGAUAGAUAAUCUUUGUUGGAGGAUUAAAGUAAUGUCCCGGAGAAGGAGGAAAUCCUAUAGCCUACGGCCUGUAUUCAUGUUAUAAAGAUCCUACAACCCUUCAGGACACAUUUCACGUGCUGAAUUUAAUGCCUUCCACAAAGAGCUCUGAUCACUGGACUUUAUCAGAGUUAUUUGGGCAGCGGAGGCUGUUAGGGCUCGGAGCUUUGCUGGCAUGGCUUGUCCUCUUCCAUCUCCUUGUGAAUGUUUGGCUCCUCUGCGUCUUCACCAGUCUCUUGGUGGUUCUCGGGGGUUGGCUCGGGUCCCGUGCUGUACUGGACGCAAACAGCCUUCUCCACUUGGAACACUUUUUGCCUCUCGGCAACAUAAACCUACCUCUGUCUUCACCUGAACAUGAGUGGAGGUUGAACCACGAGAUCCACAAUGCUGUCCACAAAGCGGUGCGUGACUUUGUGUCCUCGUGGUAUCGGACUCUGCUGCCAGAGGUGGAGGGGGAGUUUGAACGAGCAGUGCGUAAUUCAAUGCUGGAGUCAGUGAUGGAACUGAAGGAGCGUGCGCGGCGAGUGGACAGGAAAGCACUGGUUCAGCGGCUGCUAGAGAUGUAUGGCUGUCACCUGCAGAGCUACAUGACUGCAAGAAAGAUACAGUCGACGCAAAAGGAGAGCAUCAGCCUCUGGCAGCUCUACAGUGAAGUAGAUGCCCCUCAUCCAGCUGUGAGCAGUGCAGCCACUGAGCUCAGCUACUCAAGAGCUCUAGUUAACCUUGUGUUACAUGUGCUUGUUCCAUACCCUCAGAUGGAAACCAGGACUGGAGGUUUUGUGGUUACAGAACUCAUCACCUGCAAUGUGCUGUUGCCGCUUAUAAGCAGGGUGUCUGAUCCUGACUGGCUCAACCAGACCAUUGUAGACAUAAUCACCAAAUCCAGAGAACCACAGGAAAUCAAUGUGGAUGAGGUCCCAGCUGCAGCUGCACUAUACAGAUGUAUACAGGAGUCCUGGACCACCUGCAGGUCACCGUCUUCUUCUGAUGAUCAAACCAGCUUCACCAGCAGAAGCACCUCUGACUUUGAUGAUAUUCAGAGCCAGAGUACUAUCUGUGAGAGGGAUUCCUUGCAGAGCAGCAUGGUUAGCCUGAUGUCUGCUGGGAAAGUAGAUGGUUGCCAUGCAGAUUUGCUGACACCAUGCAAAGUGAACUGCUGUCCACUCACAACUGGCCACUACUCCCACUCACUAGAGCCCAAAGGGGUUUCAUUGGACUCCUUAAUUCAUUCAGACUCUGAAGAUGACCUGCCAGGAGGCUUUUGUGAUUGCGGUCCUCCAACAAACUUCUGCAAUGUGAUGACUUUAAUGGACGAUGAGGCGUUUGGCUGCUUUGGUCCUCUCAAAAAUCUUGGGCCAAAGGUGGUGGUGCCCGAGGACUCCAAGUGGCCAGCGGGUAUAGCCCAAGAGAAAUCCCCAUGUCCUCCAAGAAGACUUUGUCUAACCCCCUGUGACUUUGAUACCCCCAACAACCAGGCUGCACCUUUGAACAUCCAGAAUGUGCAAAUAUCUGGUACUGUCACUGCGAAGGAGACGCGCGGUACAGGCACAUAUCCUUAUACUCUCUACACUGUAAAGUUUGAGAAAAUGGUUGAAGCAGAAACCAGUGGCCCUCUGCAACGUGCGUCCUGUCACACCGUCAACCGGAGAUACAGCGAGUUCCUCAACUUGCAAACACGUUUAGAAGAGAAGCCUGAGGUCAAGAAAGUAAUCAAGAAUGUCAAAGGCCCAAAGAAAAUGUUCCCUGACCUUCCAUUUGGCAAUGCAGACAGCGACAAGGUUGAAGCCCGUAAAAGCCAACUGGAAACGUUCCUUAAACAAUUAAGCAGCAUUCCUGAGACAUCCAACAAUGAGGACAUGCAGGAGUUCCUGGCUCUCAACUCAGAUGGUUGCACAUAUUUUGGAAGAAAGCCUCUUGUAAAGUCCAGAAUUGAUAAGAUGAUGGAAAAUGCCUUAGACACCUUGAAGACAGCUUUCCCUCAACCCGAGUCCCUCAGUCCAACAGAAGACAUUGAGGGAGAUAGUGAUGGAAGAACAAUGGACAGCAAAAAAUACAGGAGGCUCAUGUUCCCAAGGAAAAUUUCCACACCUCUCAAUAUACCUGACCUACACCCUAAAGUGACAUACUGCUUUAGUGAAGGCAGCGCCGUCCUCAAUGGCAUGUCAAUGUCUGGCCUGGAGAGCUUCGUCAAAGAGCAGGAAAGGCUUUUAUGUGGGCCGAAUGGGAAAGAAACAGCAAAGCAGAGCUGUGAGCAGCCUGGCAAAGACAAGAAGAUUUCAGGGAAAGCUCAUGGGACAGACACAGCUGUGGCAGAUGUUGCUUUGAACAUUCUGUGUCUGCUGAUGAAGGACCAGUGGAGUUGGCUGUGCACUGAGAACAUACAAAAGACCAUCAGACUGCUCUUUGGCACCUUCAUUGAGAGAUGGUUGGAUGUAGGAGUUGCCCACUUGACCAGUGCCCCCUGCUGGGUGAUUUACCUACAAGUGCUGCAGGAAGCUGUAUGGCCAGGCGGCACGCUGCCUGCUCAACCACGGCCGGAGCGAAGUGCCGCAGAAAGAGAGGAAACCAAGGAGCAAUGUCUGGACUGUCUAAUGCAGCCACUGCCUGAGCUCAUCACUGACAUGCUGGGAAGUGAGAAGUACAGACUGAGCUUGGAGAGUAUGCUGGAGUCUUUACAGGAUCAUCAGAUAAACAAGCAUCUGAUCUACUGCAUCUGUGACCUGCUGCUGGAGUUUCUGAUCCCUGAGUCGUACGAUGAGGCCUUCCAGGGGUCUCUGCUGCAGAGCCUGGCCAAAGACACAGAGAGGGACAGUCCCCACAUAUGAUCAGCACAUGAUAACACCCUGAUGCCUCACAGUUGUAGGCAAUUGAUGGAUAAAGUGCAGUACAUGUGUAUAUGGGUUGUGACAUAUUCAUAAUGGCCUAGCCACUAGAGUCACCAGGGUGAUGGCACAGGAUAGCAGCAGGCAUUACCUGAUUGGUCAGUGGAAACAGGAAGCUAAUAAAGUCCCCUUCCUUGUGACAUAAAGAUGAGAAAGACAAGAAUUGUGUGAAUAUUUCUGAUACACCUAAAGAGGACACAUCAGAAGGAAACAAUUGAUUAUGCUGGCUCACCCAAUCCUUCAACUUCUGUUCUUAUGUCCAAUUGGCUCAUGGGAUCUAAUGCAAAUGUAAAAUUGUAUUAAUAAAUAGGCAAUUAGGCCACUUAUACCUGCAGGCAAAACACAGGCAGCUGGUCUGUAACUAUUGCUUGUUUUUUGUUUUUAUUGAUGUAUUUAUUCAUUCAAUCAUUCAGUGAAAUCUUGUUUCUGAGGCUUUUCGCCUGGUGAAAUUAUACCUAACAUAUUUUUGAGAGUUCCUUCUGAAGUAUGACUUUUUAUGAUAUUUUUAGAUCAACAAUUGAUGUGUUGAACUGUUUUGGUGUAUAAAAUAUACUCUCAGAAGUCUGUUUUAAGAUUGUAUGCGAGUCUUUUAUUUCCCGUCGUCUGAUAAUUGGUAUCCUACACUUCUCAAUGUGAUUAGUUCCUUCAGCUGAGUAGUGUGACAGCUAUCAGUGAAAUCAGCUGUGCUCUAAAAAGACGAGCCAGGUAAUUGCUUUCAAUAUUUGACCUUGAAUAGACAUUGUGUACUGUGAGUCAGUAAACUGCACAGCUACAAUUUGUUCACUUAUGGCUGCUGAGGUGACUUAUUUUAUUUUGCUUGUACAAUUUCAUGUCUGUCUCCUGUGGGCUGAAAUGUCUAUUCAUUACAUUACAUGUCAUUAAGCUGACGUUUUUAUCCAAAGCGACUUCCAGUCAAGGGCUUUCAACCAUGAAGGUACAAACUCGGACAGCAAGAAUCAAGUGCAAGGACAUUAGCUUCAAAUAAGCAAACUACAAAGAGCCACUUGGAAGUGCAAAAGACCAUAUUUCAUUUAAGUGCAUAUAUUUAGUUUUUACAGUUAAUUCUUGCGUCAUGUAGCUUUAAAAUUUAGUAAAACUUUAAAAUUGAAUUGCCAUAACAAUAGUUUGUAUUGGAAUUGGCAGUGAUGUUUGAGGAUGUCUCGAUUUUCUUUUAUGUCACUGUCCGUGGGAACCAACCUUGAAUGAAUAAAUGAGUCAGACAGAGCAUUACACGUGUGAAAAGAGCUUAAGAUUUGACUCUUGUACUUUAAAUGAUUCACCUAAGAUCCCAGACUGAAAUGUCAUUAGUAAAAGGGACUUAACAUAAGUGAGUAAGUGCAGGCAGUGUUAGUCUUCCCAUGAUCUUUUGAUCCUUACCAACCUUUGAAAAAUACUCGCUGCUUCACAGACAGUCUUUUUGAUGAGGCUAUAAUAGUGUGGAAGAUUAACACCUCUCUACAUGACUUAUUAAACCAUGGUAAAAAGAAAUGUCCUUUUAAAUUUGACUUAAUGGGAGGAAAAAAUCACCAGCAGCUACAGUAUGAAGUGUUUCCAUAUGGCAACAUAACAUUAUCGCCCACAACAUAAGAAGCCAAAUUUUCUUGUCAUAAAAGUUUGCUCAAAUUCAUUAAAUCCAAAUAAAUGUAUUUGUGUCUGUUUCGGGGCCUCCGUGCCAUAUGUACAAAGGCAAAACUUUGUCCAUGCACUGACUGAAUUCGGCCUUCUCUAUUAAAUACGGGUAUUUUGACUAUUUUUUAAAGCUGUAUAUAUUUUCUGCUUGUUUUUAUGUGAUUAGUUAAUUGUAUUUCCCCUCCAAUACUCCCUGUACUGUUAUUUGUAUUGUUAUAUUGAUGUAAAAAGGUUGAAGGAAAUUGAGGCACUCAAGAGGGUAAAGAAAGUUUAAAAAGCCUUUUAAAACUUACCCUUUUGAGUAAAACUUUUUAAACUUUACACAUCUUAGUGCCUCAGUUUCAUGAAACCUUUUUACACUAGUAAGAUCCCGAAACUGAAGAGCACCAGAGGGACAAUCUGUCUGUACACACCCAAGCGAGUUGCACUGCCUGACUGUGAUUUUAAUGUUUGGGUAAUAAAGUUUGAAAGAAAAAAAGAA